UGUCGUGUUUGACCAGGACGCGUGUCUGAUGCUUUGAUUGAGGUGUGAUUCUCCCCGCGUCCCGCGCAUUUAAAAUCAUUACAUCACCAGAACGACACGGUUAAUUAUUUACUCAACGUGCACGGGGAAUACAAUAAGCGUUUUUUUCAAAGACCUGAGACAAAAAUGUCCGGGUUUAACGGCGUUCGUUGACGGGAUAAAGAAAAGAAAAGGCUGCUCGCGUUCAUUGUGUGGAGGAUGUGAGGCAGCGCGAGAUGUCAUGGCAGCGACGGAUGCAGCAGCAGAUAACGGGCCGGAGCAUCCCGGUGUUCCGGUACCCAAGGCGUUUCCCUAUGAGGAAUACGAGUGCAAAAUCUGCUACAACUUUUUCGACUUCGACCGUCGGGCGCCCAAGAUCUUGGAGUGUCUGCACACGUUCUGCGAGGAGUGUCUGCACGCGCUGCAGCUGUGCGAGGAGCGGCCGUGGCGCAUCAGCUGCCCCGUGUGCCGCCACCGCACGCCCGUCCCGGACUACCGGAUCCAGAACCUGCCGAACAACACCAAGGCGACGGAGGACUUCCCUCUGUACAUCGACUCGGACCCCGUGCCUCAGGAUGCUCUGCCGCCUCACCGGCCUCCGCUGCACCCGGCGCUCGUGGCGCUCCGGCGCGAGGAGGACGCGUCCAUGGCUGGUCACGCGACUCCGUCCACCUUGACGGUGUCCACCGCGACCACGCUUUCCCAGGACUCGGUCUCGCGCUACGAGAGCUGUCAGAACUGCAGGCGUCUCGCGCUGACCACCGGAUGCGUGUGCGUCAUCUUCUCGUUAUUGUCCAUGUUAGUGCUGCUCUUCAUGGGCCUCAUUUUCGUCCACAGCCACGGCGGGCCGCCCUCGCCCGCGGGACCCCUCUGUCUGUCGGUGGCCAGCAUCCUCGCCAUGGUGUCUGCGAUGGUAACGUGGCUCCUCUACUGGCUCAAAGACCGACCGGAGCACGAGACGGGCCGCUCCUCGGCCACCACUAGCGCGAGCCGGAGAAACGCAUGACUGGAGAUGAGCAUCCGAUGACAAGCGUUUAUUAUUACCAGUUAGUUUCUUUUCAUGUUACUUGUACUUUCCGUAGGCUAUAUUUGGUUACUCUUCAUUUGAAGGUGUCAUUGUUACAGUGUAAUUAUACAUAUAGGCCUAAGUAUUAAGUGAUAACUACAUGUAUUUACUAUAGGCAAAACCAGUCAUAAGGGGCUAUUUUUUUUAAACUGAGAUUUAUACAUCAUCUGAAAGCUGAAUAUAAGCUUUCCAUUGAUGAAUGGUUUGUUAGGAUAUGACAAUAUUUGACAGAGAUAACUAUUUGAAAAUCAGUAGUACAAAACAACAACAACAAAAAUCACCUUUAAAGUUGUCCAAAUUAAGUUCUUAGCAAUGCAUAUUACUAAGGAGAUAUUAGGAUUUGAUAUAUUUACAGUAGGAAAUUUAUAAAAUAUCCUCAUGGAACAUGAUCUUCACUUAAUAUCUUAAUGAUUUUGGGCAUAAAAGAAAAAUCGACAAUUUUGACCCAUGCAAUAUAUUAUUGGCUAUUGCUACAAAUUUACAGUACCUGUGCCAUUUAUGACUGGUUUUGUGGUCACAUAUGAAUAGGGUUUGGCUAAGGGUUAAUUGCAUGUAAUUAUGCAUAAUUAAUUGUUAUUAUAAUAUUAAGUGCAUGUAACAAGGACACCUUAAAAUAAAGUGUUACCACAUAUUUUAUAUAGUUGAUCUAGUACUUAUUUAUUAGGUAAAUAAGAUGUGCCUAUUUAUAUUAAUCCCAGUUAACUGGAAAAAAAUAGGCUACACAAAUUAUUACAAAGAAACCUUAAGUAACACAUUGUAUUAAAUUAUGUGAAAUUUUGGAAGUAUUUUCUUGCAAAACAUAGGUUUUAUUUACAAACAUCAUUUGUACGGUAUAAUUACCAGUAACAUUUUGUUAUGAUUGCUUAUAUUUGUGUAAUGAUUAGUUAUUGACCAUUUGUUAAUGUUAGUUUCUGCAUUAGGCUAGCUAACAAUGAGCAAUGCAUUUAUUAAAGUUAAUAAAAAUACAACUUUUCAGUGUUACUUCUGGUUAGCUUAGAUCCAUUAGGUUAAUAUUAACAAAUACAACUUUUGAUCGUAAUAAUGUAUUCGUAAAUGUUGAAAUGAAGAUGAACUAAGAUUAAUAAAUGCUAAUAAGCAUUUUUCAUUGUUAGUUCUUAUUAACUAAAUAAUUCUAACAAAUGGAUCAUUGUUGUAAAGUGUUACCAAGGAAUCCAUGCUAGUGUUUGAUUAGUAUAGGGAACCUGGAAAAAUAUAAGUAACUCCUUAAUUAGCCAUUUCAAAAACUAAAGAAGGACUAGUACUUAUUGAGUCACUAUCAGAUCAGUACAGGCUGGUGUUUCCCGACAAGGAGUAUGGCAGCAGAAUCCAGCACUUUUUCAACUAUUUCAGCCCAAAAUCUUGGAGUGCCUGCACACAUUAAGCAAGAAGAGUUUGUGUGCAAGGAGAAGCUGUGGUGCAUCAGAUGCCCCGUAUGCCACACAGACCAGACUAUAAGAUACAGAACCUGCCCAACGGCAUCCACCGCAACCGGAUACGUGUGCGCCAUCUUCUCCUUCCUGUCCAUUUUUGUGCUGCUCUUCAUGGGCCUCAUAUUUGUGCUUGGCCACCUGAGAUUCCUGGUUAGGACACCUGUGUGAGCUUGAGAAGAACUGUCUUCAUACAUCCUCUAAAAAUCACCAAAACGAUGGUUAAACGUUGUUGCAAAAAUAGUUCUAGGAAGAACCCACAACUGCCAUUUGGUGUGAUAUUUAGAUUAUUUAUUAGAUUAUUCAGUUCUGGGGCCACUGUACAGAAUGGGGUCCAAAAGUCAAACCACAAGUGAAAAUGCAUCUAUUGUGUACUGUUUUAUCACUUAACCCAACAUUUUUAUUAAUUAUAUUACAUUUUUAUCCAAAACUGCAUACAAAGUUCAUCCAUUUCCCGAGAAUCCAUCCAUGACCUUAGCAUCGUUAGCACUGUGCAAAGUUUAAUUAAAAGAUAAACUGGUCACAAAUCUGCAUACUAGCCUAGAAUUAGUACUUAUUUUCUAAAUUAUGUCACAACUUUCCUUUAGUUUGAAAUAAUAAAAUGUGGUCUCAGAUUUAUGGACCCCACUGUACAUAAGUUUUAUCAUAGCAAAUAAGACAUGCACUUAUUUGGCAUUUACUGGAAAUCAAUUAUUAAAGUCUGAUAGCUAGGUAAAACACUUAUGUGAAUCGGCCAAGCAAACAUGAUUAUUGGAUGAUAUUCUCAAAAUGGCUGCUGGGUGUUGUCAUACUAUUCGGUCUCUGAAAAGAAGAAGACCUCUUUGUUGUUAUGGAUCAAUAGCUUUAUUAUAGCGAAUUUUAUACCACCUCUUUGUUCUCCACUUCACCUAUGCAUCUAUCACGGUAAAACCGUGUUGUUUGACAACUAACUGACAAUCUCUUUUUGCUGUCGCCUGCGUGUGCUUUAAUGUGCGUAGCAUCACAAUGCAUUGAUUUUAGUACUCACUCCUUCAUUGGAUUUUUGUGCCAUUCAAACCCGUGUUGAGCAGUAUCUGAUGUAGUUUAGAUUUAAAAAAAAACUUGCAUGAUGUUAAACAAAAACUAGAUACUGAACUGUGCUUGGAAACGAAGGUCAGCCUUCAUUACUUGAGGAAAGCAUCAUUGUUAAUCGAAUCAGUGCAGCUGGUUUGUCGUUUCUACAUUAAGCAAUGACAAGUCAGUUAUUUGAAAAGGGUAUUUGAUAUGACGAUCAAAUUAGGAAUUACUUUUUUUGCCUGAAAAAAGUUGGCCACACAGAUUUCGCUCGCAUUGACAAACAGAAAGCUGCUUGGUAUGAAAGUGACUUUUGUGCGAGCCUGUGAUUUAUUAAACUGACAAUGGCAAAAUUUCGCUAAUAUGACCGCACAUAUAAAAAGAUGCGGGUGAAUCAAGCAGGAACCUGACACCUGAGGUGCAGCUAGAGUUUUUCUGUGUCCUUGCAGUGACAGGAUGCAGCCAUAGAGAAAUCAAUGUUAAAGACUCGCACACUGGGACCGAAGCCAAGAGCUGCUGUCGAGUGUUUACUGACCCACUUAUAAAACUUUGCAUUUCUCCUGUAGGUCAUUUGUCUUGGUGUCACAAUUUGAUAUAUUCAUCCAGCUAACUGUGGCUUGUUCACUUGAGUGCAAAACACAACUAGCCCACUUUGGCAUUUUACUAAAUAUAUCAUCCAGGCUGUUUAGACUUAAUGGUUUUAUGAUAAUGACUGAGGACACUCGAUGGCCUAAAUUUCCUUCAAUUAGGGUAAAAGCCAUUUUCUUUAGAAUGGUAAACAUACUUGAUCAUAUUCUCUUAAAGGGAUAGUUCGUCCAAAAAAUACAACUCUGUAAUUUACCCAGCCUCAUGUUAUUCUCGAAUCAUCUCGCUUUAUCUGUGGAACACAAAAGGAGAAAUAUGAAAAACAUCAUGUUCCAAACAGGACAAGAGCAAAACAUGAGGGUGUGUAAAUCAUUUUCAAUCACUACUUCUUUAAAUUAGCUCUUAUGUGCCUUCACUUUUUAUUUAUUGGUUUAUUUAUUGAAGGAAUUGAACAUUUUAAUAGAAAUUAUCUAGUGAAUUUUCUAUGAGCUUACAGUUUGAUUUGUAGAAGUUGUGCUGUUGUUGUAAGCAGAUGCGAUGAAUCGAUCCAGGUCUGCCCUCUGUUGGUAGACAAGUGUAGUGACGCAGUCAUUUGUGAAUUAGUUUUGCUUAGAUUUUUGUAAGGAAGGUUUUUAUAAUGUGAAUGUGAGGGUAUUUGAAUUAUUGCUGCAGUGAUUUAGACAAGCAAAGGUUAUUUCCCUGAGUGUUAAGGAAGUAAACAGUCAUGAUUUGCUGUUAUACGUGCUGUACAAAGCAACACUUGUAGUGAAAGUAGUAUAAUGUGCAGUAGUGUUAUUUAGUCACCAGCUUCUCCUGCCAUUCUGUUGGGCAAUAUAUGUAAUAUAUAUAAGUCAUGUCAUUUUACUUCACACAAUGACUUAAAUUUACUGCCUUUUUGAUUCCCUGCUGAAAAGACCAACAACAACAUUUGGGGUUAGGAAGAUUUUUUUUUACAUUAAAUUAUAUUAAAUUAAGCAGCACAACUGCUUUGAACAUAAUAAUCAGAAAUGUUUCUUGAGCAGAAAAUCUGAAUGAUUUCUGUAUGAUCCCGUGACAUUGAAGGCUGGAGUAACGAUGCUGAAAAUUCAGCUUUGCAUCACAGAAAAUAAAUCACAUUUUAAAAAUCUAUUAUAAUGGAAAACUAUUAUUUGUAAUUAAAUUUCACAAUAUUAUCGUUUUUGCUUUUGAUCAAAUAAAUAGUGAAAUUAACAAACUUGUUUCAAAAACAUUUACAAAUCUUACUGACUCCAAAUGUUGAACAGUAUAAAUUGCUGGUUAGUGCUGGAAAAGCUUGUGGACCAAGAAAAUCUUGCUGGUCAAGAGACCUGGAAGGCACACCAGCAUUCAAAGCUCAAUAUAUGCUGGUCUUUUCAACAGUGAUGAGGAUGAAGAGAAGAGAGAAGAUGUUUUUGUCCUCUGUCCUGGUCCAGUUAUUUCAGAUGUGAGCCUGAAAGAAAACAGAAACAGUCUGUUGUGAACUCAAUCAACUUGGUCUUGCUGACUUUCAAAAACAAGUACCAAACGAAACUGACGAUCAAAAUGUUCAGAUCUAAUGAAACUGAUAUUUCUGUACCAUUCAGUGUGACCUCCUCUUGUUCUCAUGGUACCGCUAUGGCUGUGACUGUCUGGACCAUCAGGCCUGAUGUGCACACAUCUGUUUAUAUGUCUGUUUCUCCCACACACACUGGCCCAGUGACUGCACGGCACUUACCUGAACCCAGUGUUACUGCCUGGGAUGAAUAUACUUCCCUUAACGCACUCCAGUUCUCUUAGUAACACUACGUAGGGUCAUGGGCUUUGUAAACAGCCCUUAUAUACUCUGUUUAGAAUUAGGAAACGUGUGUUUUUACUAUUAUGCCUCAAUAAUUGUUGUGAGACCUGUUUGAAUUGUAUUUGCAGAUUGAAAUUGUUCUGUUUACAUGCAAGAACACACCUCUCGGUUGGCUAAUAAACAAGAAAAAUCCAGAAAAAA